UGCAUGGGCCGAGGUACAGAUGGUUGCUGAGCAGGGCAGCCGAGCACCCAACCCAAAACUACUGCGCCUCAGUGAUCGCUCUGAGUGUCGCCUCCUUGAUGUGGCCUCCAAAGGGCGGCCCCUUAUCAUCAACUUUGGCUCGUGCACCUGACCUCCGUUCAUGGCCAACCUUGCGAAGUUCCGUCAGGUGAUGGAAGACUUCAGCAAGGUGGCUGACUUUGUCACGGUGUACAUCACCGAGGCUCACCCAAUUGAUGGGUGGCACAUUCCUGGCAACCUAGAAGUUGCCAACCACAAAACAAUAGAGGAGAGGUUUGCUGCUGCUAAGAAAAUGCUGGACCUAGAGCCUUUGGACUGUCCAGUAUUGGUGGAUUCUCUCACAGAUGAAACAAACAAGGCCUACAAUGGCUUGCCUGAACGGCUGUACAUCGUACAGGAUGGAGUCAUUGUGUACCAGGGAGCCCAGGGUCCCUUUGGUUACAAGCUGAAGGAGGUUGAAGCAUGGCUUAAGGAUUACAAGGGAGAGUAAAAGAAUGGAGGCAGCAGGAGCAGGGGCAGAAGCAACCAUUUCAGUCUGUCAGCUGUUUUGAGAGAACUUGUCACCUUGAGUAUAAUAACAUUUUUAUGUCUGCUGUCUUUAGAAAUUGUGCAUGGUUACAUUAUUUGGUAGUCAGUAGAAAAUAUCUAUUUGUAUGGGCAAAAAUAAUAUCAUGUAUAAAGGUUGAAAUAGGUUUAUCCACAAUUUGUGCUUGGUGUUCCAAGUUUUGCAUCUUUUGAGAUUGUUGAACACACAACACAAAUAAAUAACUACUGACAAUAGAGUUAUGUCUUGAAAAGUAGAUUGUAAGUAGAUAAGAUAGUAUGCAUAUUGUAAGUCAGAGACUGAAGUGUUAUACAGUACUGUAUGAUAUAUUGGUAAUUGGUAUGUGAUUGUUUUCCUUCAUAUUGACAAAGAUUUUUAUAAAUUGUAGAUAGAAAUAUGAAAGCUAAAAACUUCAUAAUUUUUAUGGAUUUUGAUUAUAAAAUUCUAAAUUAAAGUACUUGACCUAUAUGUACAUGUGUAAAUGAUGAUAACUAUGAAUAUUUAGUUUACUCAUUUAUCAUUGUGUUGGCUUCACUCACUUUUUGCACUUUCUGUUAACUUUAUUUCUAUAAUUGGUGUGCACAAUUCUAUGGGGCUCUGCCCUUUUUUUUUUUUUUUUUUUUUUUCCUCUCUCUCAAUUUUAAAGGUGAACCACAACAUUCAAAAGUCAUAGCCUUUGGAGGAAGGAAACUAGUUAUCUGUCUUGUCUGCAUUUUGUUAUAGAUAAUGUGCAAUAUACUACUUUCAACUUGUCAGAUUACUAAUUAUGCCAGCUUUACAAAUCAAAAGUUAGUUUAAAUUUCAUCUAAGUUCAGGAAGAUGUCAAGGUUGACCCUCUGUUGUUGCUUUCUUUCUGAAGCUGUCUGACCUAAUGAUGCCCCAUGUUUAAAGGCUGCAGCCAUACAAGGGGCUGAAGAUAGUCAGACAGCUAUGUGAGGGAAGCAGACAGCAGGGAAAACAGAUUUCUACAAAAUAAAUACAAUUAUAAAUCUAAGAUACAGAUGCUAUGAUAAAGCAGCCUUCUGUAACUUGUGUAGUAUGCUGCUUGUAUCAGCUAUUUCAGUUGUGCUUAAUCUUUGAGCAUUAUAAAGCCAUCAGAGUUCUCACUGUCCUUGUCCCCCUGGAGCUGACACGGACUCCUAUGAUGCCCUUGAUGGAAAGGCUUAGGCUGCAUUAGGUGCUGAAAUUUGUCAGACUCAGCCCUGUGAGGGAGCAGGACAGUGGGAAUGGUGUGUUACUCAUUAUAGAAAUUAAAGUUUAAAGAUUGAUUUUA